AAUAAAAAAGAAAAGCUGUAACAAUCUCUCUCGAGCCCCUUUCACCGCCAGUGACAGAUCAGGAAGAAUCUCACAGUAAAUAAAAACACUCAAUAAAACCUUUUAAGCUCUCUCAUCUCUCUUUCAGUCACUUGGUGGUCACUAUCGUUUUGCUAUAUGUCUCUUUUUACCCUUUUUAACUCCAAACUGCGAAUAUUACCUGUUGAGUCUCACUCACACUCCAUCAUCUUCUUUUAAGCUCACUUUCUUUUGUUAAGCUCUAAUAAUCAGAGUGACUUUUUUUCUUUGUUCCACUGUACAAUUGUCGUUUUGCUCAGUUCCAACUGUCUCCUUUCUUUCCCUAUUCUCGCAAAACUAAUGCUAAAUGUACACACUCCUCUUCUCUGCUUCUCUUAAAAGAGAUUGAGAUUCUUCUUCUUCACGAGCUCCAAAGUUUCACAAAAGCUCAUACACUUUUCUUUUUUUUUCCAUACAGAAUCAGAACUGAAAGAAAGUAGUUUUGUUUCUUAUCUGGUGACUUCAAGUUAUGGAAUCUGAAGCGAUUUGUCUCUGAAGAAGACAUUGUUAUCUCUGUAUUCUAUCUCUCUGAGCUUUUGUCGGUUGUUAAGGUUCCGUUUGAAAUGACGGGAGAGUUAACGGAGACGGUGGACAAAACGGCGACGUGCUCGGCCAUAACAGAGAAACGGCCAAAUAGACUAGGCGGUUGCGUGGGUGUUUUCUUCCAGCUCUUCGACUGGAACCGACGUUUUGCUAAAAGGAAGCUCUUUUCUCGCAAAUCACUUCUCCCUGGGAAACAAGGUUCAAAGAGGUUUGGUAGGGAUGAGAAAAUGCUCAAAUCUAAGCUUAAUCUGAUUGAUGAUGAGAACAGAGGAAGUUUCCCAAAUAGAGGUGAAGUUAUGGAGCUUAAGAAGCAUGAUAUGAGACCUCCUAGUUUGGUAGCACGCUUGAUGGGACUUGACUCAUUACCAUCUAACCACAGAGACAAAGGCAACAAGAAGAAGAAACCAUUGUAUCAGAUUCACGACAAAAAGGAUAAAUGCGGUUUGUUUGAAGAGGAGGAAGAUAGUGGUUGUGAUAAGUCAAGGCCACAGAAGAUGCCGAGAACAACAGCAGGUGUGUGUGAUAGGCGUGGUGUUAUGGUGAAGAAGUUUGGAUCAGAAGCAUUGCAGAUUAAGAACGUUUUGACCCGUGUUAGGAAACAGCAUCAGAAACUGGCUUCUCCUCAUGUUAGAAGCCCCAGGCUUCAUAAUAGACGUAACUCUAGGCUGAUUGAUGCUGCUACUAGGAUUCUGGAACCCGGAAGGAGAAAUGUGAAACACGCUAUUGCUUAUCCAAGCUCUUCAGGGGUUAGAAGGUUCGAAAAUGUAGGGAAAGAGCCGGUUGAAUUUGUUGCUUCUUGUAAAGCUUGUGGUAGCUUUGUUGAUGUUCGUGGUUCUAGUCAGAUAGCUGAAGAAGAAUUUGGAAAGAACAAGGCGUGUGUUGCUGAAUCAACGCCUUUUGAACGGAGUAAAAGAAAUGUGUUUUGGAGAAAUCAAGAACCAUCUAUGUCUGCAGCCUCUGGUAAAGGUAGAGAGUUCACAGAUCCAAUGGAGAAGAAGGCUAUACAUCCUGCAAGGUUUCCUUCGGUAGCUCAAUCUCACACCUUUCAGAGCAAAAGAGGUUGUUCUUCGUCACCUGUAAAUUCAAUCAACUGUAAAGAGAAGGACUUUGUUGCCAUGAAUAGAGCUUCAACUAGCAGGAAUCAUCAUCACUCCAAGGCUAGAUUUGAGAACUCUGAUUUGAAUGUACAGAGAAAAUCUUACACUAGAGUUGAGGAAUCUUCUAAUAGAUCAGGGUUUAGCACUCCAGGAAGGAAGAGAAGGUUAGCUUGUGUAAGUGGUCAAGUACAAGGAAGUAGCUCUAUGAGUCCAGUGUCAAGACCAUUUGAUGGUGAAAGCACUUGUAGUAAUGGUUCCCCUCGUAGAAACUAUAGCCAACGCUGUAGAGAAACCAAAGGUGUUCCAAGUCAGAUGGGUGAACGUAACCCAAGAACAACACUUGAUGCUGGUACUGUGGGUUUGAUUCAGCAAAAGCUUAAAGAGUUUGCUUCACAAGAAGAAGAUGAAGCCAUAAUAGGAAGUGCAUUUCCCAAUAAACAAGCAUCCUUGAUUCUCCAUGAGUUGCUAUCUUCAAUAGCACACCAGCAGCCUUAUGCAGAAACAGCUUGUCCGAGGAAAGGCAAAACAGAGAUGAUAGGAAAUGCAAACAGUGAUUACACAAGCCCUGGUUCUGUACUGGAUGCAUCUUUCUCUAACGAGAGUUGUUUCUCAAAUAGCUUCGACACUAUCUCAGUUCCAGGACAGAUGAGGCUGCCUCUAGAGCCUACAGAACCAGACUGGGACGUUCUUGAAAACUCUGCAGCUUUGUUCAAGAACUCAACAACUAGUGGCAACUAUCAAGCGAUCUCCAGUCUUAUCAGCCACGUCUCUAACCUCCUGAGGUGUUUAAGCAACACAGGUCUCAUAUCAACACACCAGAGACUCACCAACGCAAGAGAAGUCAUACUCCACACCGAACUCUCACUUGGUACUACUACUACUACUACACAAGACAACUACCUCAUCGGACCAGAACUCUUCGACGAACUCAUGAUAUACGCUGCUCGUUCCGAUAACCUGGUCAAUCUCACCGGAAUAACCGGAGGGUUCCUUGUUGAUGCCAUGAUCGAACACUUGGAAGAAAGAAACACUUCCUGCGGAUUAAAGCCUUCAUCAAGUGCUGAUGCUUCCGUGCUGAUUCGCGGUGUUCUCGAGGAAGUUCCAAAGUGGGCAGCAUUGGCUCGGAUUGAUAUGGAUAAAAUCAUCGAUAUUGAGAUGGAGAACUGGAUGGAUCUUGAAACUCAUUCGUUAGGAGUUGGUUCAGAGAUAGCUUAUGAGAUCCUUAGGUGUUUAGUCGGAGAGUUAGCAAUUGAUCUCUUUUAGAACAUGUUUUUGUCAAAAUCAGCAUUUGUGUAAUUUCAACGAUAUGAAUCUUAUCAAUUAGCUUUCUAUCACACACAAACCAAAAUCAAGAAACAAAGGAACAAUCUUUUAUCAACCAAAAACCUAAAAAAAUAAUCAAAUCUUUAAAAAAAAAAAAAACACAAUCAAGUUGUGUGACAAAGAGUGAUCAGUAGAUUUGUCUGUAACCUAGAAUAGUCCGACCACCACCUCCAAUUGAUUUCCUCCCUCCUCCACCGCCGCCAUUAAUGCCAGAAUCUGCGGCCAUGGAUACUUUCUUCAGAUCUUCGACAUUAGCGUAGCUCUUACGCGACAUCCCCAUCCUCUUCUUCUUAUCUCCAGCACUCAUGCUUCCUCUAGCGGAAGAAGCCGAUCCGAAAACGGCGCCGUUUCUGCUCUUAGACGGCGGAGGAGUGAGAUCCGUUCUCCGCGGAAGCAAAUUCGAGUUAGCCGGGCGGCGAUUUUCCUUACGGAUCAUGGCGGAGAAGUCAGGAACAGACUGAGCCAACGAGCACGACGAGGACGAAGACAGUCUCCGCGAAUUAGGGUUGUAUUUGAACCCGAAUCUCGUCUUCUUCUCCGGAGAAACCCGAA